CGUGUCAGUGUCGCGCGCUCCACGCAAAAUGGCGGACGUUCUAGCAUCAGAAUAUGCGCUAUCAAAAUCCAGUGAACAUUCCAACUACAACGAAGUUAAAGAAAGUUACUUGAAACAAGUAAAAAUGUAUUACGCGAACAGAAAGUUACCUGUAAUGUCACCAUUUACACGGGAAGUCGUGGAUAGAAUAAAAAAGCUUCUAAAAGAGAGGCAGUUUUUGAUGUCAGUAGGACGUCCUUCGGAGCAUGUGAAGUAUAAAGUUGCACACAAAUACGAAGUUAUCGAACAAAAUGGUGAAGACAUAUUAAUUUGUAAAAGAUUACUGCCGGAUGAUCCUAUCGUUCAAAUCGUACCAGCGGAAGACUGUUUUGACAUUUUGGUCGAUGCUCAUUUAGAGACUAAUCACGGGGGUAAAGAGAAAAUGUUGAGGGCAAUAAAAAAAGGCAAAUACGUCGUGCCAAAGACAAGCAUCGAUUUUUUAUUAGUCGUUUGUAAAGUUUGCAACCUCAACGGUAGAACAAAGCGACGAGCUGAUGAAAGGAUUCCUCAAAUAUUUAAUUCUAGAGGGCAAGUAAGUUUAGUAGACAUGACUGAAGAGCCAGAUAAUCAAUUUAAACAUAUUCUGUGUUAUAUAGACCGGUUCACAAGUUUCAUGCUUUUACGACCACUCAUGACGGACACUGUACAAGAGACGGCCAUGGAAUUAUUGAAGAUAUUCUUUGAUUUUGGGCCACCAGAUAAACUAGAGACGUACAAUAGACCCUUCUUUAACCAAGUAAUGAGCAUAAUAAACACUGCACACAGUAAAUUUAAUAUUAAUCUGGUGUUGCCAGUGAAAAUACCAGUUAUUACUCCGGUAGAUGUAAAAGGAAUGCUUCGAAAAUGGCAAACUGAGACUGGUAGUAGCAAUUGGGCUAUGGGAUGUUAUAUGGUUCAAUGGAAUAAUAACUCUGAAAUGAAUAUCAAUAAACUAGCGCCAUAUUUCUCUGUAUUUAAACGUUCGUUUGUUGGAAAAGGUAAAGAAGAUAAACGACAAGGAAACGAGAAGCCUUGGGAAAAUAGGUUAAAUACCAAAAGCGCUACUGUCUCUGCUCCUAGUCUAACCUCUAGAGAUGAUAAUAGUCAAUCAAGUUCUUCCACAAUACUAGAUGGUGAUAGUGUAGAAGUGUUAAUUGUGCAUCAAGAGAAUGGCUUCAGCGAAAAUGAUGAAGAUUGUUUGAUAACGAUAACCGAGGCCCCUAAUGAAUCUGAAUCAACACUACCUUUAACAACUGUAUCCUUUUCGAAUAAACAACGUAAUUAUAUACCUAAUAUACUUAAAAAGAAGCAUCUGGAAGACAGUAGUCAUAACAACGUGUUUAAUGUGAAUGAGCCGCUGCUUGUUUUAUCGCCAUUUAAAAAUAUUGCAAAUGCAAAAAAUAAUAAUCGUAUUUUAAAAGAGCAGAAGCAAGAUGAAAGCAAAAAUUCGUCAAAACCUUCGAACAAAAGGUGCCAUGUUUGUAAAACUAGAAUAAAGAAAGCCUACAUAUGUACUAAAUGUAAUAGAAAUGUGCAUUUAUUCUGUUCUGAUAGAUUAUUACAACCUUACAUAUCCUCAGACGUUUUAAGUGUAAUAUGUACCUCCUGUACGCUCACAAAGAGGAAUGAAAAGACGAAACGCAAAUACGACGAGAUUGAUAACGAUAAAUCUAAUAUUAUAACAAUUAAAGAUUGAAAUAAUCAGAAAUUAAAUUGGCAUCCAAAGAAAAAUAAAGAAGUAGAAGAUGUGAGAAUUUGUUUUUUUUUUAUGAAUGUUUCUACCUAAGAAUGAAAAUGUAUUGCGUCCUGUCCUAUCUACACAUUCCUUAAUGUUCGAUGGCGGAUCGAACAAAAAUAAUGGUCACCCCUACUUUUAAAUCACACUGUUCUAUGUAAUACAAGAAUGAUAUGGAGCGUAGCGCGUGCGUCGACGACUAGGAAGCAACUAAUUCCAUCUCUUUCUCUCUCGCGAUAACCCCCGCGCCGCGACGUUGCCGCUCCGACUGAGCAUUCCGCCUGACAACAAGCCUAUGCGAUUAGCAAAUUGCAAGGAAACGCUUCACAACGUUAUCUAGUAUAACUGGAUCCCGAGAUGUAUAACAGCUAUGAAUUGUGAACGUAUGAGUUAUACUGGUCAUUGGGCAUCUUGACUUGUCAUAGCGUUAUAAAUAGGCCUGCGCUGUGUAAUUGUUUGCGCGAGCGCAGAAGAGCGAAGCGCCUUAAAUACAAGUGUAACCUGACCUUCAAAUCUCUAACGAUUGUGCAUAAUCCAAGAGCGCUCUUAGAUUGGUUUUUGCGCAUUCGGGUCGUACGAGCCCAAUAAACGUUUGGAAUGACAAUGCUGAACAAACUUAUCUUUGUGAAUGUGAGAAACAAUGUCCCCACCGUUGAUGACACAGUAAAGUUUGUAUUCGAUUUACAAAUUCUCUCGAUUAAGAUUAAGUAGUACGUAAUUGUACGGACCGCGAGUGAAUGAAACUGUUGCAUGUGUUAAUGUGGUAUAUAAUUUGUUACGAAUUUGUUAGUACAACUUAGUUUAGUACUUAGUUAGUACGUUCUAAUAGUUGUCAAUACUAAAUUGAACGUUCAAGUAGAAAAUAGUGAAUUGACCCAAACAUUUAUUGCGUUCGAUCUGUUGAAUAAUAAGUUUGAUUCUCUUA